AUGUCGAUUAGGUUCUCGGCGAAGAGACUCGCGACGGUGUCUCAAGAACUCAUGGCGGAGAUGUCUCCGGUUAUGACCUUCGACAAGCUACCACCAAGUUCCACCGCUUCUUCACCGCAUUUAAGCAAACGGAGGCAUUCUCCUCUCUGUAUACUUUUGGUCAAAAGAGAGAAUUUACUAAGCUGGCUUGAGGAGCCGUCAGAGCUUGAGCUUGUGGAGCUUGAGCUUGUGGAGCUGGAGCUGGAGGAGCCGAAGGAGCCUCCGGAAGUGCUUUUGUGCCAGGUUGAUAGGUGCACUGCUAACUUAACUGAGGCUAAGCAGUAUUACCGCAGAGAAAAACUCUGGGAAGUUCAUGCAAAGGCAUCUGCUGUAACUGUUGCAGGCGCCAAGCAACGCUUUUGUCAACAAUGCAGCAGGUUUCAUGAGCUAUCAGAGUUCGAUGAAGCUAAAAGAAGUUUCCGGGGGCGCUUAGCUGGACACAAUGAGAGGAGAAGGAAGACCUCUGGUGACAGUUUCGGAGAAGGGUCAGGCCCCAUAGGGUUUAAUGGUCAACUGAUCCAGAUCAAUAAAGAAACAGGCUAUACAUGA